CGUCUCUCUUUUUUUUUUGGGGGGGGGGGGGGGGUUCAAGUGCCGUGGGUUGGCGAGGUCGAUUUGGUAGCGGGCGUGGUUUCAUGCUUGGGGUUGCUUUGAUUCGGAGUUUCUAUCUGGGGUUCGAUUUGGUCCUGGAAAGGUUCAGAGUUGCUGCGUAUUGGUGUGAAGACUGCCAUUUUGGAUUUGGUUUGGGGGGUAAUUUGUUGGGGAUUUGAUGCUUCUUCUUUUGGAUUCCUUGAACUUUCUUUGUUGUGGAGUAUCAAAUUUUAGUCGCCUUUUAUGCUUGCAUGUUGGUUGGUGGCUGUGGAAAUUGUACUGCUUGUAGAUAAUCCCCUUCCGGGGAGCUGUGUUAGGGAGCAGGGAAGAGUGGAGUGGUUGUGGAACGUAAGAUUUUAGCUGUCCAAGAAUGGCGCAAGGCGCCAAAUUCCCUGGGUUCAUUGGCGCCGUGGGUGGCCAUGACGGCGGUGGCAACUUUGGUGGGAACUUUUGCGACAUGGCGUUCUACCAGAAGCUAGGGGAGGGCUCCAACAUGUCGAUUGAUAGCCUCAACAGCAUGCAGACCAGCAUGCAUGGCGGUUCCAUUGCAAUGUCUGUGGACAACAGCAGUGUUGGGUCCAGUGACUCUCGUACUGGGAUGCUUGGCCAUCCUGGUCUCAAGGGACCUGUCAUUGUGGGCAGUUACUCGGUUGGGAACAGCAUUUUCCGUCCUGGGCGGGUUUCGCAUGCCUUGAGUGAGGAUGCGUUGGCACAGGCUUUGAUGGACAGCAGGUUCCCAACUGAGACGCUCAAGAAUUAUGAGGAGUGGACCAUUGAUUUGGGGAAGCUGCACAUAGGAAUGCCCUUUGCACAAGGUGCCUUUGGGAAGCUCUACAGGGGAACAUACAACGGUAUGGAUGUUGCCAUUAAGCUUUUGGAGCGACCAGAGGCUGACCCUGAGAAAGCUCAAUUGUUGGAGCAGCAAUUUGUGCAAGAAGUUAUGAUGCUUGCAACAUUGAGGCACCCAAAUAUAGUCAAGUUUGUUGGGGCAUGCAGGAAGCCGAUGGUUUGGUGUAUUGUGACAGAGUACGCAAAGGGUGGAUCUCUCAAGAAUUUCUUGAAUAGGAGGCAGAACAGGUCUGUUCCGCUGAAGCUGGCAGUGAAGCAGGCAUUAGAUGUUGCACGUGGCAUGGCCUAUGUUCACGGCCUUGGAUUCAUUCACAGAGAUCUUAAGUCAGACAACCUCCUUAUUUCUGGUGAUAAGUCGAUUAAGAUUGCUGACUUUGGAGUGGCUAGGAUUGAAGUAAAGACUGAGGGGAUGACACCUGAAACAGGAACAUAUCGUUGGAUGGCUCCCGAGAUGAUCCAGCAUAGACCAUACAACCAGAAAGUUGAUGUCUACAGUUUUGGCAUUGUCCUGUGGGAGCUAAUGACUGGGAACGUUCCUUUUGCAAAAAUGACCGCGGUGCAAGCUGCAUUUGCUGUGGUGAACAAGGGUGUCCGUCCAACCAUACCCCAUGACUGCCUCCCCGCCCUCGGGGAGAUCAUGACCAGGUGCUGGGACGCAAACCCUGAAGUGCGUCCUCCAUUCACCGAGGUUGUCAGGAUGCUGGAACAGGUGGAGAUGGAGGUCAUGAACACUGUCCGUAAGGCCCGGUUCCGCUGUUGCAUCUCCCAACCGAUGACUCUAGACUGAGACAGGCAGAAUCCAGGAAAAAAUGAACCUGGAGAGAGGUUGAAUCCUGUGUAUUUAUCAUAUUAAUAGACUUGUGCAUAGAAGCAGAUAGCCCACCUGUGUGUGCGUGCAUACUCAGAACGAGGCCCUUCUGUCUUUGACAUGUUUAUCCUAGAUUACACCUAGCUUCUGUCGUCAUCAGGGUGACUAUUAGAGAUAGCUUUAUCCUUGAUUUGAUGCCCAUCCUUCUGUUGUAACAAGUGCAUGUUCCUGCUGCCCUGUUUGUGUGCUCAUCAUCUUGCGGCGACAUGUGGAAGCUUCGAUGCUUCAAGGUAUAUAAUAUGUAUAAUUAAUUAG